CCCCAUAGAAUGGGAAGGCCGACAACCCCCACCAUGAUAAGUAUGUAGCUGAUGUUCAGAGCAAGGAGAACCAUACAAUGGCUGGAAACCAAGUCAGAUGGCUUUUGUUGAUGCUAGUUUUCGUUUCCUCGCUUAUAGCCGUUUCAUCCGAAAGGAAGGCAAUCUCUGCUAGUAGGACAAUCAAAGAGCUGAAUCGCAAUGGACCUUAUCUUGGUCUUAUUACGGUUUUUGCCCCUGAAGAAGAUGCUUUUUUCGCUACUGGUGCCUUCAAGCCUAACCCGAAGCACCCUUAUGUGGAUUUGUCAGGGAGGCGGUUUCGCGUAGGGAGCAUAGGAGGAUCAAAAGUCAUUUAUGUAAGAUGUGGAGAGGGAAUGGUGAAUGCUGCAGCAGCAACACAACAGAUGUUGGAUGUCUUUCGCAUGAUUGGAAUUGUACACUUUGGCAUUGCAGGCAAUGCUAACAAUUCCAUGUCCAUAGGAGAUGUCAUCAUCCCUAAGCAGUUUGCUCAAACAGGGUUAUGGGACUGGGUGAAAUUCAAGGCAACAAUACCGACAAAUGAUGUUGCUGAACUGGACUUUGGAAGCUAUGAUGUUCCCAAUGGAGGAGACAAUGAGUUGGGGAGCAUUGGGUAUUCGACGGAGUUCUUCUACUCUAAGUCAGGAAAGCCUAAUGCUCCUGAAAGAACACUUUGGUUUCAGACAAGUCAGAAUUGGCUAGAAGUAUCUUCUAGUCUGGAGGGGAUAGCGCUGGAACAGUGCGUGAACUCGAGCUUGUGCCUUCCUGAAAAGCCCAAGGUAGUUGUUGGACUGAAUGGCGCAACUGCCAACAUUUUUGUGGACAAUGCAGCUUACAGGGAGUUCCUCUAUACAACUUUUCAUGUUUCAUCACUUGAUAUGGAGAGUGCAGCUGUAGUCAUGACAUGUUUAUCGAAUGGCUUCAAGGUAAUUGUCAUACGAGGACUAUCGGAUUUAGCUGGAGCAGAAGAUGGAGACAAUACUAUUCGUCUGUUUGGCCCUCUUGCAGCAUCAAAUGUAGCCAAGGCUGUUGUCCAAUUUGUGAAGACAUUGCGAGGAUUUCACUUUCAACUGUCUAUUUAGCCGCAACAGAGAUUCAAGUUAAUCAAGAGGAGUUUGAGAACUCAUUUGCUGAUACAUUUGUAACUGAAACCUUCGCAGCUAAAUACUUCUAGGAGCAUGAUUAUGUACUCCAACUGAAAAAAGAAUGAAUGAGAAAUUUACAAGUAUUUAUGAACUA